AGAAAAGUGAAAAAGCAGAUUCCAAUUCCACUUAGCACCAUUUUAAGGAUUUUAUUCAUUCAUUCAUUCAUUGAAUCCCCACCUUCCAAUGGACUUCCUAAGUUGCAGGCUGCAGCCAGCGCCCAACUCUACUAGUCCUAGUAAUGUAGUAUAACUAUAUAUAUAAAUAGAUCACCUCCCCUUUAAUACCCUUAAUGUAUUCACAUUCAACUAACUAGUAGUGUCGCCUCCAUUUUCAUUUCUUAUGAAGUUUCUGCCCAAAAGUUCCCAUACCCACUUGCUCCCGUGCUCAUUUAGUGGUCACUUCUUUCUUUCUCCAUCAAACUGCUUGCCUAGACUCUAUUAAUAAUCCCCAGACCGUUUACUCUUUGUUAGUCAGUUCUAUUGCAGGCUUCAGCAUGAUCUCCGUAUCUCCCUAUUGAUAAUGACGUUUUUCUAUUAGGAAAAUAACAUUGGUCCGUUCUUGCAUGCGUAUAAAUUAGUUUAAAAGGACAAUUAAGGGGAGAUAAGAACAAAGGAAGAAGAGAAUGGGAUUCUCUAAAGUUGUUUUUGUUUGUUUGUUUUGUCUCAUUUUCUUGUGUUAUUUCUUGCGCCCCCAACUUCGAGGUGGAAUUUACGAGCAGGAUUAUCAUCGCCGUCGACUGUCUGAAAUUUCAUUAGCUCCAUCGGUUUCCCCACAGGCUUCCCCUGGGGGGGAUGGUGAUCAUGAGCCUGAUUUGAUGAAGUACCCACCCGUGGUAUUCAAUGUGAUGUCUUUUGGUGCAGUUGGGGAUGGAGUGGCGGACGAUACUCAAGCCUUCAAGGAAGCUUGGGAUGCUGCGUGUAAAGUUGAGUCAGCUACUUUACUUGCUCCAAGACAUUAUUCUUUUAUGAUUCAAUCAGCCAUUUUCACUGGUCCUUGCAAAAGUGAAUUAGUUUUUCAGAUCGAUGGAACUCUAAUUCCACCCGAUGGACCUGAUUCGUGGCCAAAGUAUUACAGCAAGAGACAAUGGCUGGUCUUCUACAGAAUCAGCGGAAUGACGAUGCAGGGGAGUGGAGUAGUUGAUGGUAGAGGCGACAAGUGGUGGGACCUCCCUUGCAAGCCUCACAAAGGUGUCAAUGGAACAACUCUACCUGGUCCUUGUGACAGCCCUGUUUCUUUAAGGUUCUUUAUGAGCUCUAAUCUAACUGUGAGAGGUCUUAAGAUCAAGAACAGCCCCCAAUUUCAUUUCCGGUUCGAUGGUUGCCAUCACGUAACCAUAGAUUCCCUCUACAUCAAGUCCCCGUCUCAGAGUCCCAACACAGACGGAAUCCAUGUAGAGAAUUCUAACAACAUUGGGAUUUACAACUCCAUUGUUUCAACAGGGGACGACUGUAUAUCGAUAGGAGCAGGUUCUUUCAACAUUGACAUUAAAAACAUGACUUGUGGUCCUAGUCAUGGAAUAAGCAUUGGGAGCCUGGGAAUUCGCAACUCGCGCGCCUGUGUAUCAAACAUAACCGUGAGUGACUCCAUCAUCAAGCAUUCGGACAAUGGGGUGAGGAUAAAGACAUGGCAAGGUGGGUCAGGGGCGGUUUCAAAGGUAACGUUCAGAAACAUUCGAAUGGAAACGGUGAAGAAUCCGAUAAUCAUAGACCAGUACUACUGCAUGACCAAAGGGUGUGCCAACCAGAGCUCCGCAGUUUUUGUGUCGGGCAUUUCCUACGAGGGAAUAAAGGGAACCUACGACAUCAGGACUCCCGCUGUUUUCCUGUCCUGCAGCGACGCUGUUCCUUGCACCAACCUCACAUUCUCCGACGUGGAGUUGCUGCCGGCACAAGGCCUGUUGAUGAGGGACCCAUUUUGCUGGAAUGCUUAUGGAGAUCUAAAGACCAUCACAAUCCCUCCAGUCUUCUGUCUAACCGAAGGGAUUCCUCACUCGUUGUCGGAGCCUCAGGAUAACGUUGAUCAAUGUCAUUCCACCAUUUAGCCACCACCAUGUUUUUUUCUUUUAUCAUUAUUAGAUUAGAGAUUAGAUUAACAAUAACAACAACAAUAUAUAUAUAUAAACACCCACCAAAAAAUAUAUAUAAACACCCACCAAAACAACAUCACCUUGUAAUCUACUAGAACUGCUAUUAUUAGUAUGUUAUGAAUAAAAAUAUGAUGAAUAGUACUUAUAAAACUUCACCA